CUCCUUUGAAAAUGAAGGACAGUGACCUGGACAAAGUAGCACGUGAUCCGAAGUUUGCACCUGGCAAGCGCAAACCUGUUAAGCGAUCCAGAACUGCUAGACAGCUUUUCGAAGAUGUUGAACAAGAAGCCAGUUUCAAGGACAAGCGCGGUCGGCCGUGGUUGAAAAAUCCUCGGGCGUACGUACGGGCCAAGUUUGCCCGCAAGCAAUCUCAUGAAGAGGAAUCUCUUCCGGAGAAAGCGCCUCAGUUAGACAUAUCAAGAGGGAAAUCAUCGUCUUUGGAGGCCAGUUUACAAGAUUCCUCUACUACCUCUAGUUCGGAUGAAGAUGCUGAUCCAUUCGAAGUGAUCGCUGACCUACGCGAUGCUGACUGGACCGAAUUGACCAAAGAUGCGCCACAGACUACACAGAUUGGAAAGCGCCUGGCACUGUUGCAUUUUGAUUGGGAUAAUGCCAAAGCUGAAAAUAUCUACAUGGUUCUGCAAUCAUUUCUCCCUCCCCGAGGUCACAUUGAGUGUGUUACGAUCUAUCCUUCUGAGUUCGGCAUCAAACGGAUGGAGGAAGAGACUACCAAAGGUCCUCCGGAACUGGUGAAUCCAUCUUCCGAUGAUGAGGCCGAAAACCAGGACACCGGUAGUCAAAAGAACGGGGCGGAGAUUUCAGAUGCAGUCGAACUCGAUGACAAAGCAGGUUGGCGCAGGGCCUCCACUCGGCUGAAACGUCGAAUACGAAAAUACCAACUGGCUCGACUUAAAUACUUCUAUGCCAUCAUAGAAUUUGACAGUGCGGAAACAGCAGAGGCUGUUUAUGAAGCAUGUGAUGGGCUUGAGUAUGAGAGCUCCGGAGCACGUUUUGAUUUGCGAUUCGUCAGUGAUGAAGAGACUUUCUCCGUACCCCCAGAACACACUGCUUUGAUAAGCGAAUGUCGUGAAAUCAACAAAGCAAAGUACAACCCUCGUCCGUUUGAAACCUCGGCACUGCACUCGACUCGGAUCGGAAUCGGCUGGGACAAGACACCAGACGAACGAACAUGUUGGUUGAGGGACCAAUUCCGCCCCGAAGCAGAUCCAAAACUCACGUUGACUGAACAUAAGGAUGAGUUGGAAAAAUACCUUGCACUUUCGUCGAGUGGUGCCAGUACUGCCGCCAGUUCGGAUGUCGAUGAAGAACCACCCGCUCCAACAGUCCCACGAAUUCAUCGUCACAGGCCCAAAAAGAUUCCACCAGAAGAACUCCGUGCAGCUUUGCUUGGAGCGUUUGGAACAAAGACCAUGAAUGCUAGUGAUGAGGACAACAUUCCGGAGGAAGACGUGCCUAUGGAGGAUGAAGAAGAGGAAGUCUUUGAUUUGGGCAACGAGAAGAAUCAAGCAAGCGAAGCUGGAGAAUCUUCAGAUGAAGAGUAUCACCUUGGGCCGGUCGAGAAGAGAGCAUCCAAAAAUACCGUUCGAUCUGGGAAAAAUCGUAAAGUUCCGAAGCUAAUUUUACCUGAAGCGAUUGACGACAUUAUGGACCAUUCGGACAGUGAUGGAUUCGAAGAUGGGCAGGCCGCAGGUCGAAAGGAAGAGAUCAACAAGAAGAAAAAGCGGAAAGAGAAGCAGCGGAACAAAAUGCUAGUUAAAAAGCGCCAGGUUCAGGAAAGGUUGAAGAAACAAGCUACUCUGUGGACAACUUCAGAAUCCACAGAGACCAAUUUUGUCGAUGACAACCGAUUCGAUGCUUUUCUAACCGAUCCUUCGUUUCAAGUAAGCCAGACUCAUCCUGACUACAAAGAAGCCUCGGACUUUCUUCGCUACAUGCGUCAUCGGCGGACACUAGUGAAUUGUUCUGCACAUCGCACUUCGUCCCUAGAUGCUGAACUGUGAAAAUACGUAUUUAAUAUACGACCCUAACUAUGUACAGCACUUUUUGAAAUCCCAAAUUCAAUUCCUC